AUGUUAGGGUACCCCGACGCGUAUACGCGCGAUCCUGCAUCUACGUCGCGUCCACUAUCCGAGAUUUAGAGGUUUGCCUGUAUUCAACAUGGCGGUGGACUAUAACACGCUGCUUGCUACUCGUGUAGUGCACGAGCAGAAGCCGAUAACCUAUCGACUCCUAUCAAGAGAGCAGAAGAUAAACGUCACUGUCGCGAAGAAAGUGUUGUAUGCGUUUUAUGAUGCCGCUAAAAAGCAGUAUCCGGGACAAGUACAUGCGACCUACGCGAUUGCAGGUGUUGAGCGCGUCGCGACCCCAGCCGAUGAAGACACAGUCAUGAGCGACGCCUUGCCCAGCUCGCAGCCAACCGAUCCCGACAGCUCUCAAGCGGAAUCUGAAGUCAGAGUGAAUGAAACUACACGGACGACUUUCCAGCUUGUCCAACAAGAAGAUCUGGAGGAGGUGAAGCUCCGGUUUGACAGGAUCGAUAUGAUUUAUGUGUACUCUCUCGAACCCGCGCCGCUGUCUAGUGAUCUGGUCGUGUUGUCUGAUUGUCAGCGCGCGGUACGAGAGAUGGACGUUUCCGGUGGUCUUGAGCUCUUCAACACCAUCGCGACAUGUCAGAACCCCAAGGCAAAGCAGAGCUCUAAGCCUAUCCAAAUCACUCCGCCAUCGGCCCCAGCAGGACGUGCACCUGCUCCAUCGAAGAAGGCAGAUAAGCCUACCGUUGGAUCUGGCGAUGACAAGAGCUCUCUCGCCAAGCAAAGUUCCGCAGCGCAAACUAAGAAACCUACUCAGCGACCAUUCCAGCUCUCUACGACGUCAAAGCCGAAGCCAAAGGUCAAGACCGAAGCCCAAGAGUCUGUGCAAGAGUCUGGGGCUGCCAAAAUGCUCGAAUCAACGAAGGAGGUUCCAGUUAUCAAAAAGGAGAAGCCGGCAACAAAGGCCGCCUCCUCUACGAAACCUGCCGAAGUAUCUCAGGAACUGCAGAGCAUGUUUUCUGACAACGAAUCCGAUCAAGAGGAAGACGCUAAAUCUGAUGUUGACAUGAUUGACGAGGUGGACGAAGCGCCUAUGGACAGUGGGCUGAUUGGAGAGCCUGCAGAAGUGCCAGAUGAUAGUGCAAGUACUUCUGCCAACGACACCCCGGAUUCCAAGAUGGACAGCCAACCCGCUGAGGAUCCCGAGCGUCAAACCGACUCUGCAGCUGAAGUCGAGACCGAGGAACCUGUGGCGGUUGACAGUACGGCGCCAGCCAAGCCAAAGGGACGAAAGAGAGGUACAAGGAAAGUGGAGGAGCGGGUCAGUACGAUGGAGAAUGGGUUCAUGGUGCGGAAAACUGUUACAAAGUGGGUGGAAUACUCUGAGAGCGAGAGUGAGAGUGAAGCCGUGUCGGUUCCAGCAAAGGCCAAGCCGGCUUCGUCUAAGCCUGAGCGCAAGACUUCGCCGGCCGUGAAAGCUGAGCCAGCAGAAGGAGAUAAGGAUACGGAUAGUAGCGACACUUCUAGUAAGAAAGGAGGCGUCAAGAAGAAGGGUCUCAUGAAGGGACAGGGGUCUCUGAUGAGCUUCUUCAAAAAGAAAUAAUAAAGAACGAGA